AGCCGUUUUGGCUCAAGUCGUUUUGCUUUGUUUCAAGAUCUGGCUUUGCUCACGGGGCCGCUCGCGCGCACGGGCAUCAUGGCUGGGGCAGCCAUGCGUUCCGUGUCCGUCGUCGUGGCGAGCACGCCGAGGGGAGGCAUUGGCCGAGAUGGUGCCUUGCCGUGGAGCCUGCCCGAGGACAUGGCGCACUUCAAGCGGGUCACGAGGGCUUUGCCGGAUGACGUGGGCGCGGGCAAGCUCAACGCCGUCAUCAUGGGCCGCAAGACGUGGGAGUCUAUCCCGAGCAAGUUUCGGCCUCUUCCCGGGCGGCUCAAUGUAGUGCUGACGCGCACCGUUGCUGACCAGUCGUCCGAGCGGCGCUAUCCUGCGGGCGUGCUGGUGGCAUCGUCUGUCGCGAACGCCGUCGAUGAGCUUGCGGAGCGCCAGGAUGUGGCCGACAUAUUCGUGAUCGGAGGCCAGGCCGCGUACGAGGAGGCGGUCGAGCUGCCCAACUGCCGCUAUAUCUUCAUGACACGCGUCGGCAAGGACCUCGAUUGCGAUGCAUUCUUCCCAGCGUUCGAUGCCACCAAGUUCCAGGUGGUACAUCUGAGCAAGACGUCCAGUCACGACGGCCUGCCGUACGAUUUUAUCGUGUACGAGCAGAAAGCUAUGGCGGCCAUGAAAGAGAACCCGUCGCCAGCGCUGGCUGCCAUGGGCGGUGCAGGGCAGCUGCUGCACGAGGAGUACCAGUACCUCGACGCCAUUCGUGAGAUCAUCGAGAAGGGCGUGCCAACCGACGAGCGCACCGGAGUGGGCACCAGAUCGAUGUUUGGUAAGCAGAUGCGCUUCGACCUCAGGAAGAGCUUCCCACUGCUGACGACGAAGAGGACGUUCUGGCGCGGCGUCCUCGAGGAGCUGCUGUGGUUUGUGAAGGGCGACACGAACGCCAACCACCUGUCCGAGAAGGGCGUGAAGAUUUGGGACGCCAACGGCUCGCGCGAGUUCCUGGACAAGCGCGGGCUGUCCCACCGCGAGGAGGGGGACCUGGGACCCGUCUACGGCUUCCAGUGGCGCCACUUUGGGGCCAAGUACGUGGACAUGCACACCGACUACACUGGAAAGGGCGUGGACCAGCUGGCGGAGUGCAUCCGGAAGAUCAGGGAAGACCCGAACGACCGGAGGAUUCUGCUCUCGGCGUGGAACCCGGCCGACCUCUUCGAGAUGGCCCUGCCGCCCUGCCACAUGUUUUGCCAGUUCUACGUGGCCAACGGCGCGCUCUCGUGCCUGAUGUACCAGCGCUCCUGCGACAUGGGCCUGGGCGUCCCAUUCAACAUCGCGUCCUACUCCCUGCUGACCUACAUGAUGGCGCAGGUCUGCGGCCUGCAGCCGGGAGAGUUCAUCCACACUUUGGGGAACGCGCACGUCUACGAGAACCACGUCGAGCCCCUGAAGACGCAGUUGGAGCGGACUCCGCGUCCGUUCCCGAUCCUGAAGGUGAACCCAGACAUCAAGGACAUCGACAGUUUCCAGGCCAGCGACUUCGAGCUCGUGGGCUACAGCCCGCAUGGCACCAUCAAGAUGGACAUGGCCGUGUGAUUCCCAGGCGGCCGAGGGAUGUGAGCAAGUCGCUCCAAGGCGCUCCAGAUCCCUCCUCGAGCGGUCCACGGACCAGGGUGACCCUACAGAUCCACCUCGUGUUCUCCCCCUCGCAUCUCCCAGGAAGGAAUUCAAUCACUCAUGGGAGGAGAAGUAGGCCGACUUGUGUAAUUGUUCGACUCCAGGGCCCGGAGCGGCCCAGAGCGGCCACAGCGCCUGACGCACCCUCUGGGCCCCGCCAGCUCUCAGAGGCUCCCGAGCGGUGUUCGUGCCUGGCCUGUUCGCAUCCUACCCUCUCGUCUGCCAGGGCCCUAUGGGCGCCGACGAGCCUGGACGACGCACGCCCGGGGCGUGGCAGGGCAGGGGUGCCACUUCUGGCCAGCAUGGGUGUGCACGGCAUCGCCAGUGGCCAUCGGCCUAAACAUCAGCUUUCCGCUGACGCCGAUAUGUUCCUCUAGGUGCUCGCAGCCGGGGCAUCCCCGGGGCUCAGGGGCAACGCUAGGGGCGAUAUGCUCAGGGGUAGAUGCAUGGCCCUCAAUCGCCCAUCCAUCGUCGAUAGGGGCCCGAUAGCCCACCCGACCCAGGACAGUGCGGGUUCGCUAUCGGAGGCCCAUCGCCGACCUGACGGCGAUGCGUCGCCGAUUCCAGCUCAGCGGUCCCCCCCCUGGCCAGUCCGCCCCUGACGUUGCCCCUCAGAGGGCCCUCGCACGCGCCGAGCCUGGCGGGCCGCGCACGCGAGUCGCGGCCCGAUCAAGGGCGCCGGCUCUUGGCCAGCUAUGUCAGAGGGGUGCGCCCGCGCGGACUGAGCAUUGCCCGGGAGGGGCCAGC